UGUUGCCGAACUGGGUAGGAUGAGAAUCAUUGAAUCACUGCUGCUGCUGGCGGUGGGUCAAGUGCUUGUUUCUGCCAGCGGCGAUGGUACGUCUUCCCGAGAAAUGCAUCCAUAACAGUGUGAGGAGCAGAUCCGAUCUCAAUAAUGUAUCAAAGAUGGACUGACUUUUAAGUAAUGAAAUGAAAUAUAUUAGAUUAGGUAGUUCAUUCCUUGAUUGCUGAGAAAAACUGUACUCCCAAAAUUAAUUGUUUAAGUCUCUCUACAACCAUUUUAUUCUUCUUUUCACAUUUUUUCUCUCUCAUUUUCACAUUUCUAUUGAUAAAUUCAGAUAACAGUCUAAAGACAUUAGUUAUAGCUUCAAGCUGGCUUUUUAGUUUUUCUUUUCUGGGUAAUCAAGGUGGCUUAGUGAUAAUUAGCCCUUUCCCUUCGAUGUCUAUGAUAUGGAGUCAAUAAAAAACUGUUGGCUUCCUUCAAUUUUCUAACUGCAGUCUGCAGAGUCAUGGAGGAAGAAGAAAUAAUGAACUCUCUCGAAAUUAAGGAUUGGCCGAAGACUUGGAGAACGUCCAAUACAUGACUUCCUGCUGACAUCUUUGAAAACGAUCCAUUCAUUUCUUUUCUUUCUACAUGAAGGAAAAAAGUGACCCAUUUCAAAGCCUGUACUGUUCAAAGUUUUGAAUAGAACCAGAAGCAAAUAACAUAUAUGACUGAUGAUUUCUCAUUCAUGGCGUUGAAGAUCCAUCGUCUCUUCACCUCCACAAAUCCUCUCUCUGGACAUGGGUCUUCCUUUAUUGUUCUCCUUUGCUGUUUCCUUAGCUUUUCUUUUACAUAGACAAGCCCCAUCUAUUGCUGGAGAUUCAUCUCCUUCAGAUAUUCUUACAGACAAGGAAGCAUUGAUCUCGUUCAGAUCUUCCAUAGCAGCAGACCCUUCGAACACUCUAUCUUCAUGGGACCAAAACUCUUCUCCUUGCAACUGGACUGGAGUCAUCUGCAACAAUUCCAGACAAAGAGUAGUUGGCCUUGAUCUUGCUGGCCUCGGGAUGACUGGUACCAUAACCCCAUAUCUUGGCAAUCUCUCAUUUCUUACUUCCAUUCAUCUACAGAACAACCAACUUUCAGGAACUCUUCCUGAUAGAAUUGGUGGCCUCUCUCGUUUGCUGGUUCUAAACAUGAGCUCAAACCUCAUAGAAGGUCCCAUCCCUCCAAACAUAAGCAGGUGCAAAGAGCUUACAGUCCUUGACUUGAUGGGAAAUCAUUUAUCAGGAGAAAUACCAGCAAGGCUUGAUCAACUCUCAAAGCUUCAAGUCCUGGACUUGAGUCACAACCGGCUUUCUGGUGCAAUUCCUCCAUCCAUCGGAAACCUAUCCUCACUUACCACUCUGAACUUAAUCACCAAUUUCAUUACUGGAUUAAUUCCUCACGAGUUGGGUACUCUUCAAAACCUGAAAAUGUUGGACCUCACACUCAACAAUCUUACAGGAACCGUCUCCCCAUCUCUGUACAAUAUUUCCUCCUUGGUUCAUUUUGCUUUGGCUGCAAACAAUUUGUGGGGUGAAAUUCCAAGUGACAUUGGUGAUAAGCUCCCAAAUCUUCUAUUCAUCAACUUUUGCAUGAACAAAUUUACAGGUCGAAUUCCAGGGUCAUUACACAACCUCACCAAGAUCGAAACCAUUCGGCUAUCCUGGAAUUUUCUUGAUGGACCAGUCCCACCAGGCUUGCAAAAUCUUCGUAAUAUUGAAAUGUAUCAAGUAGGGUACAAUUGGCUUGUGAGCUCCGGUGAUGAUGGUUUGAAUUUCAUUACAGCUUUGUCAAACAGUUCCCGUCUUGAACUCCUCGCUUUUGGAGGAAAUCUUCUGGAGGGAAAGAUUCCAGAAUCCAUUGGCAAUCUAUCGAACACUCUCAGAAAUCUAUACAUGGGAGGUAAUAGGAUCUAUGGGAACAUACCCCCAUCAAUUCGCUAUCUUAGCAAUUUGAGUUUGUUGAAUUUGAGUCAUAAUUUGAUAUCGGGUGAAGUUCCAACUGAAAUUGGUCAACUGAAGGAAUUACAGGUGCUUUGUUUGGCUGGAAAUAAGCUAUCCGGAAAAAUCCCGGAUUCCCUUGGAGAUCUAAGAAACCUGACUAAGCUUGAAUUGUCUGGAAAUGAGUUGGUGGGAAGAAUACCAACCACUUUUGGCAACUAUCAGCGCUUGCUCUCAAUGGAUCUAUCCAACAAUAGGCUUAAUGGAAGCAUUCCCAAGGAUUUUUUCAGGAUAUCCAGUUUGAGCUAUUUUCUGAACUUAUCAAAAAAUUCUCUGAGUGGACCUUUGCCUCAAGAAAUUGGCUUAUUGGAAAACUUAGUCACAAUCGAUCUCUCUGAGAACCGAUUGUCUGGAAGCAUACCUGAUUCCAUUGGGAACUGUAGGAGCUUGGAAUAUCUUUUCAUGGCCAGGAAUUCAUUUUCAGGCCAAAUUCCCAGAACUCUUGGACAACUAUGGGGAUUAAACACUCUAGACCUCUCAUCAAACCAACUUUCUGGCCCCAUUCCACCUGAUAUAAAGCAAUUACAGGUCCUUCACUUCUUGAACCUGUCUUUCAACAACCUCAAAGGAGAAGUCCCCACAGAUGGGGUCUUUCGUAAUCGCUCCAGCAUUCAUCUUGAAGGGAACCCAAAGCUUUGUUUUCCUUCUGCGUGUGAGAACAGUCAAGGUCAUGGAAGAAGAUCAUCUGUGGCUCGGAUCAUCAUCCCCAUUGCAAGUUCAAUUGCAUUGUGUCUAGUCCUGGGUUUGUUAUUGCUAAUUCUCUCUUACAGAAGAAGCACAACUACAACCAUGACUACCCCCGAGACACCAGAGACGCCAGUUAAAGGACAGUAUCAAAUGGUUUCCUAUGAUGAACUGCGCGUGGCAACUGGGAACUUCGAUCAGGCCAAUCUGAUCGGAAGUGGGAGCUUUGGGGCCGUCUACAGAGGAAUUCUCAGGCAAGGAACAGUUGUUGGGGUUAAGGUCAUUAACCAUGGGACAAAUGGAGCGCUGAAAAGCUUCUUUGCUGAGUGUAAAGUUUUGAGGAAUGUGAGACACAGGAACCUUGUUAAACUGAUCACUUCCUGUUCAAGCAUUGACUUUAACAAUGUUGAAUUCCAGGCUUUAGUCUAUGAAUUUAUGGAGAAUGGGAAUUUGGGGGAUUGGCUUCAUGGAAAGAGAAGGCAUGAAGGUGGAGAAGGGAUGAAUUUUGUGGAGAGGUUAAAUGUGGCCAUCGAUGUCGCAAGCGCCAUGGACUAUUUGCACCAUGGCUGCCAACCUCCAGUGGUGCACUGCGACCUGAAGCCAAGAAAUGUGCUUUUGGACGUUGACAUGAAUGCUAAAGUUGGGGACUUUGGGCUAGCCAGGUUGAUGGCCGAGAGAGAAAGUCAGGAAACAUCUAGCACCACUACGUACAACUGCUGUCAUGUUUGGCUGACUGAGUACUUGAAUGCAGAAUAUGGUCUAGGUGGAAAAGCAUCAACCAGAGGAGAUGUUUACAGCUUUGGAGUCGUAUUACUGGAGCUCUUCACCGGGAAGAGCCCAACCCAUGAGAUGUUUAUGGGAGAGUUAAGCUUAGCCAAAUGGGUACAAUCAGCCAUCCCUGGCAACAUUAGAGAAAUUUUGGACCCAGAGCUGCUACACCAAAUGGAUUACUUUUGUCCUGCAGGAUACCACAUAAGCCCCACAAUUCAACAAAAAAGUUUGGAAUCAAUGCUGGAUGUUGCAUUAUCCUGUGCCAUCGAUUCACCACAGCUGCGCAUUAACAUGAGAGUCGCUCUCCAUGCAUUGAAGGACAUUAGAGAUACUGUUGUCAGAAUCAAUGAAACUGUCCAGGCAUCACCGAAGAGUAUGGAAGAUAGCGUGGAGGCAGAUACUCUUGUCAAAUUCAAUGAAAGUAGCUGGUCUGUUGUAUUUUAACAGUCAAGUGGCAAAUAGACAUGCAUCCUACAAACACAACCGAUGGAGGACGGUAUCAAAUAAUAGAAUGUUUCGUUUAACAAAGGAUGAUGAAUGAAACCUUCAUUGAUGCUUAAACUAACAAGAGUGAUGAUAACCAUUGUAUGUACAUGCCAACCAUUGCAAACUGCAAAGUAGAUCAAGGGGUGUGUUCGCUAUAUCACAGUACUUUCUAAUUUCAAAAAUAAAAUUAGGGUUUAAGUACACUGGCAAACACCUCCAAAUAUCAUAAAAUCACAAAAAUAAUGCAUCCCUGACCAAAGAAAAGCAGAAAUAGAACAAUAAUGCCCUGAAAUGAAGUUAAAUUAAACUCAGGUAUGACGUAGAAAGAGUUAAGUGUGUGGGCAAGUACAUUAGAUCCUUAACUGAAACCACUACCAGAAUUCAACGUUUCCGGUUGAUAUGGAUAUGAUA